AUGCCUCGAAAACCUCAGAGGGAAGAGUGUCAUCGUGACAGGAGGUAUUUAGACUGGACCCCCCAGUUAUGUGUUUCUGUCUAUCAAUUCUUUUCAUUGUUGACGAAUAUGCGACUUGCUAAUAAUAUGAGAUUCGCAGGUGCGUCUGGAUUGGGCAAGGCGUUCGUACACCGUUUCGUUGAAGCUGGUGCCUAUGUUACUUUUGGCGAUGUGAACGAGGAGGCUGGUUUCAAACUCGCUGCGGAACUAACUGGAAAAGCACGGUUCGUGCGAUGCGAUGUGCGCUCCUGGGAGGAACAAGUUUGCCUGUUCGAAGCUGCUGUCGCCAAUUCUCCGAGGCUAUCCUGCGACAUUGUCAUAGCAAAUGCCGGCAUUCCUGGUCCUGAUGGUCUUUUUGCCGGCGAAGACCCUUCACUUCCUCCCACGAGGCCAGACACUACCAUCUUCGAUGUCAACCUUACGGGAACAAUAUACACAACAAAACUAGCCAUCCACUACUUUCGACGCCAAUCACUCGAGCCAGGCCGUGAUAGGUGUCUGAUUUUGAUUGGUAGUAUUGCUGGUUAUCUUGACUUACCAGGUUCCGCAACAUAUUCGAUGUCAAAGUUUGGUGUAAGAGCACUGAUGCGUUCCCUUCGUAGGAAUGCUUGGGUCGAUUCGAUUCGAGUCAAUUUGGUUUCACCAAGUUACAUCAUAACUCCCGCAUACACUGAAGAAAUAAUCGCCUUCUUUGAAUCAAAGGGCGUGAAAUUCGCUUCUGAAAGUGAUGCCUGCAAGGCAAUCUUGAGAAUCGCCUCCGAUACAACCGUCAAUGGCCGGUCAAUCGCAGUUGUCUCAAAAGAGGAUUGUGCUGGGGGAUAUUUCGAUCUCGCCGAGGACGAUUUCCCAGAAGGUAGUAAAUUGUAUGACUUGCAAAACGUGGCGACAAAUGUUGGAUCGCGGACGUAA